AUGGCCGCUCAAAUUGAUCACAACCGCAACAUCAUCGUCAUCCCAAGAGAUAUCUAUCAAAAGUGCACAGAGGACCUCCCUUUGCCCCGCACAAGAGUCCUCAGAGCGCGCGAUGUGACCUCAAGGAAGCGCCCUUUCAACAAUGCCGCUUCGGAACGUAGCCCGGCGCGACCAUCCCCUCAAGGCUAUGGCCAGCAUUGUCCUAUCAGUCCCUUGACGCCCGCCUCCAUUUCGUGCCGGCCUACCCUCGUCGAUCUCACUGCAGCCUGCACACCCGCAACAUCACUAUCCUUCCCUUCUUCUCCCUCUCUCACCUCGUCCCUCUCACCCUACUCUUCAUCCUCCUCUUCCUCCACAACCUCUUCCUCCUUUGAGGCCUCUGCCUCGAUUGCAAGGUCAGUGGCUCAACAAGGAGCCGUAUUCAAGCACGGACAAGGGAACAAUGCUGUCACUAUCGGGGGCCACAUUACGACCAUCCAUCUGAAGAAUCUUCUGGUCCCACCCAAGAAAAGGAAACUGUCUGCUGCCCUUGCCUCACACCCCUCCCAGGAACACCCUGGCAAAACACUGUCGCCUGGAAUCAAGAAACCGAGGCUUGACCUGAAUACCCAGCAGCAUAGGGGAGCCCGAUCCGUGUCCCCCGCAAAAGCGCCAGCACGGGAGAUCAUUGUAAUCUCCUCCGACGAUGAAAUUGAGGCAACUCCUGGCACGACCCCCAAUCCAGCGACUCCCACUUCUGCUCCCACAGCAGAGCGCAACCACAAAUACCGCAUUGCUUCCGAAUUCCGACGCGUUGUGGACACUAUCUUCCCGGCCUUUGAGGUUCAGCACAAGGCCACGCUUGAGCGCGCGUAUGCCACGAGUCGAAUUCUCCGGGAGAACUACAUUGUCACGCGCUAUCUCGGCAGCGGAGCCAGUGGGUUUGUACUUGCUGCCAAGCGAGUGUUUGAUGGACGAGAAGUUGCGAUCAAGGUGAUUCCACAUACCGGUGACCAUGUAGAGCAAAAGGUGCAGCGCGAACUGGGGAUCCUUUUGCGACUCAAGGAACACGAGAACAUUCUGGCCUUCCUAGAUCAUUUCACAUCCUCGCUCUAUGGCGACAUUGAUCCUGAGGACCAGUCCAACAAGGACAUCUCGUACAUCGUUACUGAGAUGGCCGGCUUCUCGCUCUUUGAUUUCAUCGAGCUACACAAGCCCAUCCAGGACGAGGAUGCCUCGACGCGAUCCAAGAACAUCCAGGAACUGCCGCGGUCCACAUCCUCGUCUCCUUCCGUCUAUGGUUCGGCCAUCCAAGAGGACGAUGUGCGCUCCAUCUUUACACAGCUUGCUCUUGCACUUCACUCGAUGCAUUCACAGAACAUCGUCCAUGGAGAUGUCAAGGACGAGAAUGCGUUAAUCAGCAUCGAUCGCUCCACCAACACGUAUCGCGCCAAGCUUUGUGAUUUUGGUCACUCCAAGUAUCUCCAGCCAGGUAGUUCCCCCUGCUUCUCGUUUUACGGAACCACGAUCCUGGCUCCCCCUGAGAUGGACAACAACGUCGCUGCGCGUCAAAAAUCCAAAGAGCCCAACCGGCGCUCAGGCAACCAGUCGACAACCUGGGAUCUCUUCUAUGGAUAUGAGGCCGAUGUCUGGGCCCUCGGACUCACACUCUAUACCAUGAUCCACGGGGACUUGCCAAAAGAGCUGUACGAGACCGACUCAAAGAAACUGGCCUUUUACAAGCGAAGAAGGGCCUCGCGCCGAAUGUUUCCUUUUACGUUGCAAGAAAACAUCAAUCCAGAUCUCGAAGAACUGUUGAAGAGCAUGCUGGCAGUUGACCCAGCAAGGCGGCUUACGAUGAGCCAGGUGGUUAACCACAGAUGGAUACUGAACGAAUCCCAAUGA